CUGCUCAUUUCCAGUCCCUCUUUCCUUCUUCCCACCACUCCUUUUGUUUUCAUUCUUCUGCCUCCCAAACAUUCAGUCACUUCAUCCCACGGUUCAUUCAUUACCUCCUCCUCCUCCAUCAUGGCCGUCACCGAUCCGGAUGUCCUCCGCAUGAUGGCCGACUUGGGCCUGGACCGUCGUGAUCGUGUGUCUGCCCCAGCCGACGAUGCGAAAGCGAGGGCCCGCGGUGCAGAUCCGCGUGAAUCUGCUGCUAUCGCGGCUCAGUUUGACGCCCGAAAGACCAAAAUCAACACCAGUCUCACCGAAGGCGAAGAUCCUCGUGCCAUUCGCUUGCGUGCCUGGAACAAUCAAUCAUCGUUUGAGCAAGACGAGGUUACGGAGCAGCUUGAGAAUCGAUGGAGCGGGCAAGGUCACCGUGCUGCGCUCAAUCGGAACAUACACCGCGAGGAAAGUGAAGACGUCAUCGAGAACCGCUUCGGAGAGGAACGCAGCCAAUUCCUCCGCGAAAGGGCCAAUGGAUUCAGCGUCCAGUUCCGUGUCACUACUCCGCCUCGCCUCCCCGGAGCCAAUGGGCAUGGCGGUCGUGGUCUUGUUACCACGCCUUCACGCAACCCAGGACACAACCGUGCAUCGUCCCCAAGCCGCCAUGGUACCGUCAUCUUUGGGCCAGGCGGGCGGCGCCAGGUCGCAACCUCUGGCCAAACGAAUGUGCUUCGCCAAUCGUUCGCGGUCCAGCCUGUCCGCCCGAUCACAGCCCACCCAAGGCCGGCUGUCAACGGCAACACCACAUUCUCUUCUACCACAAUCCAACCCCAGCCUACUCAGGCCGGCCAAAACACUCCCAAGCACACCAGCACGCAGGCCCAGCAAUACCAUAACCAGGCGUUGUGGUACGCCGCGAAUCCUGGGACGCUCUGCGACGAGUACCACGAAAGGUUCCCCGACCGCAAGAUCUACCUGGGUCCGGCUCGGGACAAACUCAUCAGAGAGGCAGUCGUUUUGGCGGAUUCUGGCGACGAUGAGCAGAUGGCGGAUUACGUUGACACGCACCAGGACCGCCAGUGGAUGAUUGAGUGUGCGAAGAUUGCCAAGUCACAAAUUGAAGCGGGUGACGAGGCGGCAAUCGAGGAGUACUGUGUCGAUCAUCCACGGCAUAGAUUCUUCUUGCGUAUCGCAAAGGCCUUUUAUGCGCGGAAGAAUGGACCUGCUGUCGUCAAUCAAGAGGAGAAUGGCAGCGACGAGGUAUCUUCUUUGCCCGUACAGCCAGCUCCACAGCAAUCAUCGACCUCUUUGAGCGCUACAUCAACGGCCCACAAACACGUCUCCUCCGACGCGUCCAGCAGUGAUACACGCGGCCACAGCAGCGACAUUGUUGACGACGGCGACACCAACACGGCUCCCUCAACACCUCCCACACCACUGGGGCUCAUCGCGACAACCUUCUUCGAUGCCGCCGGCAAGUUCCUUGGUUUCUACCACGUUGACACAUCCGCUCCCAUCCAGAUGACCGUCAACCUCAACUCUCGCGAUGCCGACUUCAACCCAUGCGACCUUAUCGUUCACCUCGAUGCAUUGGCGGAGAGCAUGAAGGCAAUGUCGAGGGGGUCUGCAGACAAUCCCCUCCGCCGGAUUGACUCUUUGGCUGGGAAUAUGGUGGAUGUCACUCGUGGGUCAAAGACGAACUGCAAGUUGGAAGGAGCGACGUUGGGGGAGGAUGGGCUUUGGGUAAUGGAUGAGUUGUAGGUGGGCGGGGUUGGAAAUCUCGGACGUGUUGAAGAUGGCCAGGGAGACGGUGAAGCGGAUCGGCCAGCCAGGCCCAAGGUCCAACUACGAGCGUUGAAAUGCAACAAACAGCGAGGCGGAA